AUGGCCCCGCUGGGCGAGGACACCCCGCUGAUCGGGGGCCGCUCCUGCAGCCUGUCCUCGGGCGAGAGCGGCACCCUGCAGGUGCUGCUGUACCACCGAGCCCCCGGCACGGCCCCGGGCACGGCCCCCGGCAGCGCGGCCGGAGCGCUCACCUUCACCUGCGGGGAGUUCACCGCCGAGGAGCUCUGCGUGCGCGCCGCCAAAGCCUGCGGCGUGCUGCCCGUGUGCCACCCUCUCUUCGCGCUGGCCACGGAGGAUCUGAGCUGCUGGUUCCCCCCAAACCACACGUUCCGGGUGGAGGAGUGCCGCAGCCAGGUCGUGGUGUACCGGAUCAGGUUCUUCUUCCCCAACUGGUGCGGGCUGGGACAGUGCCACCGCCUCCAGCUGCUCAACGGCCCCGCCAGCCCUGUCCUGGACUACCCUGCCAUUGAUUACCUGUUCGCACAGUCCCGCAGUGAUUUCAUCGGGGGCCGCGUGGCCCUGGGGCUGAGCCUGCCCACACAGGAGCAGUGCCUGAGCCUGGCCGUGCUGGACAUGCUGCGCAUCGCCAAGGAGGAGAGGCAGAGCCCGGGACAGCUCUGCAGCCACGUCAGCUACAAGUCGUGCCUGCCGGCGCCUCUGCGGGCGCAGAUCCAGCAGCACAACUUCGUGACCCGCAAGCGCCUGCGCCGCCGCUUCGGCAAAUCCCUGCGGCGCCUCGGGGGCUGCUGCCACGCCGACGGGCCGCACCUGAAGCUCAAGUACCUGCUGGACCUGGAGCGGCUCCAGCGCCGAGGCUGCGAGGAGAUUUUCCGCGUGCGCUCGCCCGGCUCGGCGGCGCCCAUCGCCAUCCACGUGUCCGGCGACGGCGGCGUGGCCUGGAGCUGCGGCGGCUCCGAGAGCCGCCAGCACUUCUGCGACUUCCCCGACAUCGCCGACAUCAGCAUCAAGCAGGCGGCGAGCGCGGCGGAGAACCGGCUGGUCACCCUCACCAAGGCGGACGGCCGGGCGCUGGAGGUGGAGUUCCCCACGCUGCGGGAGGCUCGGUCCUUCGUGGCUCUGCUCGACGGCUACUACCGGCUGACGGCGGACGCGCAGCACUACUUCUGCAGGGAGGUGGCACCUCCGCGGCUGCUGGAGGACCUGGAGAAUCAGUGCCACGGGCCCAUCAGCGCCGAGUUUGCGGUGAACAAGCUGGAGGCGGCCGGCGGCGCCCCGGGGCUGUUCCUGCUGCGCCGCAGCCCCCAGGACUUCGACAGUUACCUGCUGACCGUGUGCGUGCAGACGCGCUCCGGCCGGGAUUACAGGCGGUGCCGGAUCCGGCAGGACGAGGACGGACGCGUGCGGCUGUCGGGGGUGGCGCGGAGGUUCUGCAGCCUGCGGGAGCUGCUGGACACCUACGGGCACCGCGGGCUGCAGGCCGAGGGGGCACCCAUGCGCCUGGAGGUGGCCUGUCCCCCCCGGGCCAAAGAGAAGUCCAACCUGCUGAUCGUGCGCAGCGGCGUCCCCCGUCCCCCCGGGUCCCCUCCCGCCGCCCGGCGCCGCAGCCUCCAGCAGAUGAUGUUCCACAAGAUCGACCCGCAGAGCCUGACCCGGGGCGAGAGCCUGGCCCAGGGCUCCUUCACCCACAUCUACAAGGGCAUCAAACAGGAGCAGGACGAGGAGGACGGACCCCGGCAGACGCCGGUGGUGCUCAAGGUCAUGGACAGCAGCCACCGCAACUGCCUGGAGUCCUUCCUGGAGGCCGCCAGCACCAUGAGCCAGCUGUCCCACAAGCACCUGGUGCUGCUGCACGGCGUCAGCCUCAGCAAGGACAGUGUGAUGGUGCAGGAGCACGUCCGGGGCGGGCCGCUGGACCUGUACCUGCGCAAGCAGCGCGGCGCCGUGACCACGGGCUGGAAGCUGACAGUGGCCAAGCAGCUGGGCUACGCCCUCAACUACCUGGAGGACAAGAAAAUCCCGCACGGGAACGUCUCUGCUAAGAAGGUGCUGCUGGCCCGGGAGGGGGACACGGCCGGAGGGAGCCCCCCGUUCAUCAAACUCAAUGACCCCGGGGUCAGCGUCACCGUCCUGGCCCGGGACAUGCUGCUGGAGCGGAUCCCGUGGGUGGCCCCCGAGUGCGUCAGCGAUCCCGGGAGCCUGGCGCUGCCGGCCGACAAGUGGGGCUUCGGAGCCACCCUCUGGGAGAUCUUCAGUGGGGGGAACAUGCCCCUGAGCCUGCAGGAGCCCCAGAGGAAGCUGGAAUUUUACCAGAGCCGCCAGCAGCUCCCUGCUCCCAAGUGGCCGGAGCUGGCCGCGCUGGUGGCCCAGUGCAUGGAAUACGAGCCCCAGCGCCGGCCCUGCUUCCGCGCCCUCAUCCGCGACCUCAACAGCCUCAUCACCUCCGACUACGAGCUGCUCUCGGAGCUGUCCCCCACGGAUGCGACGCUCCGGGAUGGCUUCUGGGGCCACGAUUCCCUGGCCAUGAGCCAGGAUCCCGAGCACUUCCAGGAGCGGCACCUCAAGUACAUCUCGCUGCUGGGAAAGGGGAAUUUUGGGAGCGUGGAGCUGUGCCGCUACGACCCGCUGGGCGACAGCACGGGCGAGCUGGUGGCCGUGAAGAAGCUGCAGCAGGAUUCGGCCAAGGAAAUUCGGGAUUUCGAGCGGGAGAUCCAAAUCCUGCACUCGCUGCAGCACGACUUCAUCGUCCAGUACCGGGGGGUUUGCUACAGCCGCGGAAUGCGCGGGCUGCGCCUGGUGAUGGAAUUCCUGCCCAACGGCUGCCUGCGGGAUUUCCUGCAGAAGAACCAGCCCCGCCUGGAGCACAGGACGCUGCUCCUCUACGCCUGGCAGAUCUGCAAGGGCAUGGAGUACCUGGGGGCGCGGCGCUGCGUGCACCGGGACCUGGCCAGCAGGAACAUCCUGGUGGAGAGCGACAGCCACGUCAAGAUCGGCGACUUCGGGCUGGCCAAGCUGCUGCCGCAGGACAAGGAUUACUACGUGGUGCGGGAGCCCGGCCAGAGCCCCGUCUUCUGGUACGCUCCGGAAUCCCUGGCUGACAACAUCUUCUCCUGCGCCUCCGACACCUGGAGCUUCGGCGUGCUCCUCUACGAGCUCUUCACCUACAGCUCCAAGAGCAAGAGCCCCUCGGAGGAAUUCCUGCGGAUGAUGGGCACCGCCAGGCCGGCGCAGAUCAUCUGUCACCUGCUGGAGCUCCUCAAGGACAACCGGCGACUGCCGGCCCCCGACGGCUGUCCCUCGGAGGUGUACUCGCUGAUGAUGAGCUGCUGGGCCUUCACCCCCGGCUCCAGACCCACUUUCGGGGAUCUCUCCCCCAAAAUCGAGGCGCUGCGGGAUGGGCGGAGCAAAACCCGGGGGUAGCACCCCCCAAACUGCAACCCCCCGAAUCCCACCGGGCCCCCCCCAUUCCCGGGACCCCCCAUUCCUGCUGAUGCUUCAGCUUUUCCCCCCUUUUUUCCCUGUCCCCCCCCUCCACGGCAGAAUUCAGCUUUAUUUUCUUAAAGUUUGGUAAAUUUUCCUGCCGGGAUGAGCAGAGGGGCUCACACAGGGACAAAGACCCCCCCAGCCCUUCAGCUUUUCACCCUUUUCUCCCUCCCCAUGGCAAGAUUCAGCUUUAUUUUACUAAAAUUUGAUAAAUUUUCCUGCCGGGAUGAGCAGAGGAGGAGGGGCUCACAUAGGGACAAAGACCCCACACACAUUUGGCUUUUCCCUCUUUUUUUUUCCCCUCCCUCCACGGCAGAAUUCAGCUUUAUUUUCUUAAAGUUUGGUAAUUUUUCCUGCCAGGAUGAGCAGAGGAGGGGGGGGUCACAUGGGGACAAAGAUCCCUCCAUCCCUUCAGCUUUUCCCCCUUUUUUUUCCCUCUCUCCAUGGCGGAAUUCAGCUUUACUUUACUAAAAUUUGUUGAUUUUUCCUGCCGGGAUGAGCUGAGGGCAGUGGGAUGGAGCACUGGGACAUCCCCAGACCCUCGGAAUCCACACCCAGACCAGGACCAGCCCCGUUCCCUGCGGAAUUCCUGGCACGCAGAAGGGAGCGGGAUUUGCUCCUGCUUAACCCCAAAUCCCCCCUGGAGAGACCCCCCCAGAGCCCCCCAGGUGCAGAAUCCGGUGGGACAGGGAUGGAUCCGUGGAUUUGGGGUCCCUGUCCGAGGUGGUGUCCCUGGAGCCCUCGCUGCAGAGCCCGGUGGGACAGGGACAGGGACAGAUCCAGGCGGUGGCACCGUCCCAG